AUGGAGCAGAACAGCUCUCAGAAUGCUGAACGACCACUCAGCCAACCUCAGACACCAGCUACUUUAUUACAGGCAUUACAAUUACAUGCACAAACUCAGGCAGCAACUCACCAGAUACAAAUUCCUGCCGGUUCUAUGGUACCCCCUUCUCCUAGUCCAGCCCCAGUCGUCCAUGCUCCAAGUCCAGAGUUUCCAGACAAUGUUAGAGCUUUAGCAGCCCUAAAUUUCCACAUGCAUCAGCAAAACCAAGCACAAACUCCGGCUCACCAACCAGUAUCUUCCAACUCUUCCAGCUCUCAUCCGACCCCACAAUCCUCUACUCCAGCUCCUGAGGUCUCUAAGACAGCGAAGGGCAAAGCUAAAGUGGAGAAGAAGGUAGUUAGUAGGAAAACUGGUAAGGGUGCACGCUCUGGAAAAAAUGCGCGAGCUUCUGGUCAUUCCGAGUCCGAAAUCGAUCUCCUCACUGAGGAGCAAAGAAAUGACGCAGAUAUCAUUGAAAUAAACGAAGUGAAGAUUAUAGCUACCUGGGAUGACGAGUCUAGCAUCAAAUUAGCAGAAUACAUCGCAACUCCAGAGCGCUGGGCAAAAGUACAAGUGUCAUUGCGUAAUUUCUGUCAAGAGAUCUCCCAGAACAUUCUUCCAGAGUAUACAGCCGAACAGUGCCUCAAUCGGUGGCACUCUAUAUUUAGGCAGUUCAAGGAUACCAGACGAUGGGAAAAGCAUACAGGGGGCGGAGAUGGAGACGAGAGUGUGUCAGACCUCCGGACCUCAGCUGCACAGUGUAAGAAAUUCGCUGAGGGACCCAUUUAUCCUAUUAUCCUCAGAGUUGCAGAGGGCCGAGCUGAUAUAGACAGGUCCAUAGAGUUCAGCUCGUCGCGUAAAUUCGAGGAUGUCGAAGCAGAAGUCAAGCAGGUUAAAGAAGAAGAAAAGAAAAGAAAGAAAGGGGAUGCAGCCUCCGAGUUCACUGCUAUCAUGUCGGAGGCGAUCUUUUCCCAGCAAGAACGUCAAAAGGAGUCUACUCAGCUUGAUGCUGAGCGAUUUGCAUAUGAAAGAGCCAAGGACGAGAAGGAGGAGGAGUUUCGCCGCAAAAGAAUGCGGUCUGAAGAUCGAGCCACAAAGAUACAGGAGAUGCGCAAUAUGGAAGAUUUGCGUCGCUCGAAACUCGAGCAGUACCGUCAGAUGCGAGACUCAGACGAUCCAGUGGAGCAGGACCUGGCAGUUGACCUUGCUGAGGAGAUUCGCGACAUCGGUGACACAAUCAGACAUCUCCGUCGCACUGAGUGGCAGGACUAG